AUGCCUUCGAACGCUCAUGAGAUUCUCUUUAGGACCUCCAUUGCGGCCUGCAACUCAGACGAUCAUCUCCGCGUUUAUAUGCGAGAUGUUCGAGGCAAAAUCAGCGAAACCGUGUACGAAAAUGGCUGGAGCAGUGGUGCUGAGAAGAAUGUCGUUGCCUCUGCCAAGACCUUUUCACCCUUAGCCUGUACUUCGAAUAACCUUGAAAAGAUCCGAGUGUUCUAUCUUUCUAGCGAGAACACCAUCGAGGGGAUCGCUUAUAACCAGUCCGAGGGUUGGUUUGAAGGUAGCAUUGGCAAGAAGCGUUUUAUCACCGCCCCUUAUUCAAAGCUUGCGGUCUGCCAUUUCGAGAAGGGAUCCGAUAUUGAGCUGCGGGUUUAUGGCCAGCUGGCAGAUAACACCAUUCAGGAGUUUGGCUUUAAGGGUAAGAAUCUAACCCAGCCCAUCUGGUACAUCUUUCAGAGAUUUUCUACAGACGAGAGUUCGGGUUGGCAGAAGAUGUCAAAUCUCGGACAUGCCAUGCCCGGCACGGAAAUCGCGUGUACCGCUAUCAGGACAUGCAUUCGUGUUUACUUCCAGGAUUUGGAGCACAGUCUCGUGGAGAAAUGCCAUGACGCAAACCGCGGCUGGUAUGAUGGAUUUACGAAGUUCCCCACCAUGCAACCCCGAGCAGCCCUUGCUUGUACCAGCUUUGCUUUUGGCUCGGAUAAUAUAAGUAUCCAUAUUUUCUAUUCUACUGCCAGUGAGGUCCUUGAGAUGGUCCACGAUGGUAGGUCGUGGCGUGAGGGUCAGUUCCAAGCCGACUGCAUUCCUGGCACAGAGAUAGCCUGUCUCAGUUGGAUCAGUGGAUCCAGCUCGGAGAUCCGUGUUUAUGCAGGCUGGUCAGGAGGUCUCUGCCAUCUCUGA